GCUCUCGCUGUGAGGUACAGGGGUGUCCGCGGUCCCGGUGUGUUCCCAGGCGCGGCCGCUCUGAGGGAGGUCUUUGCUGUGAGACACGUGAGCACCGUCACAGGUUGUCUCGCUUGGAGACGCACGGAGGCGGCGGCGGGGGCCGGGAGCCGGGUUCGGGUAUUGUUUUGCCGGCUUAACAGCUCAGCAAGUGCCAGCAAAUUGUUAUAUUAACGAAAAGAAUCUAUUUCCAACACGAUGAGGAUGGACAUGGAAGAAGGAAAAGGAGGGACAGGCCUCCGCCAGUAUUAUCUGUCAAAAAUUGAAGAACUCCAGCUUAUAGUUAAUGAUAAAAGUCAGAACCUCCGACGUCUGCAGGCUCAAAGAAAUGAGCUCAAUGCUAAAGUACGCAUGCUACGGGAAGAACUACAGCUGUUACAGGAGCAGGGAUCUUAUGUAGGGGAAGUGGUGAGAGCAAUGGACAAGAAGAAGGUGCUUGUGAAGGUUCAUCCAGAGGGAAAAUUUGUUGUGGAUGUUGACAAGAAUAUUGAUAUUAAUGAUGUAACUCCUAACUGCCGUGUAGCUUUAAGAAAUGAUAGCUACACUCUACACAAAAUCCUACCCAACAAAGUGGACCCUCUGGUAUCUUUAAUGAUGGUUGAGAAAGUUCCGGAUUCUACCUAUGAAAUGAUUGGUGGCUUGGACAAACAGAUCAAAGAGAUUAAGGAGGUUAUUGAACUGCCUGUGAAGCAUCCUGAGCUGUUUGAAGCUCUUGGCAUUGCACAACCAAAGGGCGUGCUGCUUUAUGGACCUCCAGGCACUGGGAAAACAUUGUUAGCAAGAGCUGUGGCCCAUCACACUGACUGCACUUUCAUCCGCGUUUCUGGCUCUGAACUUGUACAGAAAUUCAUUGGCGAGGGUGCUCGUAUGGUACGUGAGCUGUUUGUUAUGGCGAGAGAGCAUGCUCCAUCUAUUAUUUUCAUGGAUGAAAUUGAUUCUAUUGGCUCUUCGCGAUUGGAAGGAGGUUCGGGUGGUGACAGUGAAGUGCAGCGCACCAUGUUGGAACUUCUCAAUCAGCUUGAUGGAUUUGAGGCCACUAAGAAUAUUAAGGUAAUUAUGGCAACUAACAGAAUUGACAUUCUGGAUCCUGCUUUGCUGCGGCCGGGACGAAUUGAUCGGAAAAUUGAAUUCCCUCCUCCAAACGAAGAGGCUCGUCUUGACAUUCUGAAGAUUCAUUCUCGCAAGAUGAACUUAACACGUGGUAUCAAUCUGCGCAAGAUUGCUGAGUUGAUGCCAGGGGCAUCAGGUGCAGAAGUUAAGGGUGUAUGUACAGAAGCUGGCAUGUAUGCCUUAAGGGAAAGAAGAGUCCAUGUCACACAAGAAGACUUUGAAAUGGCAGUGGCCAAGGUUAUGCAAAAGGACAGUGAAAAGAACAUGUCUAUCAAGAAGCUUUGGAAAUAAAUGCAUGUAAAAAGAUUUGUUACCAUGGUGAUGGAAGAUUUUAAUGGUUUGAAAAUAUCUAAUCAUUGUAAACUUUCCUGUCUUUAAUAAAUAUUCAUAAAACCUGAAGCUCAA